GUUGGUGUCCGUGUGUCGUCGCAUAAUUGCGCUUGUCCUUCAGGGCCUACUCUGCUCUUCGUGAAGACCAGUGAAGGAAGGGAGGAGGGAAGAAGAUUCUAUGCUUGUUCGGCUUGUAGGGAUCGAAAAGAUUGUAACUUUUUCCAGUGGGAAGAUGAGAAGGUGUCAGAAACUCGGCUUGUGGCCCGUGAAGAGUAUAAUAGAAAUCAUCAGCCGCCUUUUACACACAGACAGAACGUGGAAAGGUACAAGCGUUUUGUUCUGUUGCCAUUAUCGAAGAGGAGGUUUUGCCAGGGAUGCCAGCAAUUGCUAUUGCCAGCUGAAUGGGAAAAACACUCAGAUCACCAGUUCCUCUGCGAUAUCUCCACUGCCCAGUUACAAAGUCCCAGUCAACUUCUGUAUCCACUGGAGAAUAAAAAAACAAAUGCACAGUAUUUAUUUGCAGACAGAAGUUGCCGGUUCUUACUGGAUCUAAUUACUGAUUUAGGAUUCAGACGAGUGCUCUCUGUUGGAACACCUAGGCUUCAUGAAAUGAUCCAGUCAAAAGCAUCGCAAGAAGAAGAUUUCAGGGUUAGAAGCCUUCUGCUAGAUAUAGAUUUCAGAUAUUCACAGUUUUACACUGAGGAUGAAUUCUGCCACUACAACAUGUUUAAUCAUCAUUUUUUUGGUGGAGAGGCUGCACAGGAAACUUGUAGGAAAUUCUUGCAUCAAGACAGUGGUGAAAGAGUCAUUAUGGUCACUGAUCCACCGUUUGGAGGUUUAGUGGAAGCACUGGCUUCUAGUUUUAAAAAGCUGAUGGCAAUGUGGAAGGAGACAGAAAAAGAAGGUCAUAACAGCCAGGAGAUGCCCAUGUUUUGGAUAUUUCCAUACUUCUUUGAGAGUCGUAUUCUUGAGUAUUUCCCAAGCUUCAGUAUGCUGGACUACCAGGUAGACUAUGAUAAUCAUGCACUUUAUAAACAUGGCAAGACAGGUCGUAGACAGUCCCCUGUCCGUAUCUUCACGAACCUCACCCCAAGUAUGAUUGUGCUUCCUGUGGAAGAGGGCUAUAGGUUUUGCACUAUAUGUCAGCGGUAUGUUAGUUCAGGUAACCAGCACUGUGAGAUAUGCAAUUCAUGUACGUCAAAAGAUGGUAGACGAUGGAAACAUUGUGUUCUUUGCAAAAAAUGUGUAAAACCCUCUUGGUUUCACUGUAACAGUUGCAACUGCUGCGCUCUUCAAAGCCACACUUGUCAGAAGACUGACGCUGGCUGUUUCGUGUGUGGCAAGGCCGGUCACAAGCGCAGUACCUGUCCCAGUCUCUCCCGCGCCAGAGCAGCUUGCCAACCUGACAAAAAGCGAAAGCAGAAAACUCUGAAGAGG